AUGGCCUCUAAAGGUAAUUUUAAAUAUCCUAGACCUAGCCAAUAUAAAUGCAUGGAUUUUAUAUAAACAAACUGCAGGAAGAGGAAUAUCGAGGCAAGUAUUUUUAUUUCAAUUGUAAGAAGAAAUUGCAACGAACAUCAAAAAGAACCAGAAGAUCCAGCAAAAUACAGAUAUAUAAAUAUAAUCACAAAUAUAAAUACAGAUUCGUGUGUACGGCCAGAUAAGGUAUUGCAAAAACAAUAAGACUACCAAAAUCUGUCUAAAAUAUAAGAAAUAUAUAGAAAAUAUGCAAUCGAAAAGUCUGUAAUUUGUAAAAAAUGCGAUGACAAGGAAUAAAAUAUACAUUAUUUAUAAAUAAAAGAAUUAUUUAUAAAUAAAAAAAACUAUAUUUUAUCAUGGAAUUGGCUAUUGUCUGCAUUUCAUAUCAUGAAACAUAUGUUUUAUUUUAACGACUGGUUAAUUGACGGUAGGCACGGUAGGAAUUGCUAUACAUGAAAUGUCUGUACGUUUACUGUUAAACAAAAUUUUGGAGUGUCUUUAUUGUUAAUAAUGGGUUAACCUUUACUUUAAAUAACUUCAAUCAUUCGAUUUGGUGAGGCUUUUGAAUAAUGCUUUUAUGUAAUAUUGAUCUAAAUUUCUUCCGACAAACAAAAUUGUAUCUAACAACUUUUGAACGUUAUUGUAUUGCUACCAAUCUUCACAUACUGUCUUACAAAUAUAUUCCACAAAAAUUUUCGAAAAUCACAUUAUUCCCGCGAUAUUGCUGGCCAACCAAAAGCUCGAAUAUUUCUAGUGUUAAAAAAAUCUUUUACAUUUCUAGCUGUAUAGUCAUUUGUAUUAUCAUGCUGGAAAAUGAAAUUUUCUCCAGUUUUUGUAGAACAAUCCUGAACUUGUUCCUCUAUUAAUGUUUAGUAACUAUUUUUUUUCUAAUUUUCACAAAUUUAAUUUUUGUCUUUUCGUUGUAAGCGCCACCUGCCCAAACCACGGAACCUCCACCAUAUGAACGACGAUUUAAAAAUUUUAAAAUUUUCUGAUCUUAUUAUAGAAGUAGUAUUUGUGGCUAUCAAGACUGUUUAAAUUUAUUUUUUUCUCAUCAGUGAAAAUGAUUUUUCUCCAUUUUGUCUCACAUUGAAAGCGUUUCUACUUGGCGUUGCGUGUGUUGCUAAUAGCAGUUAAAUAGCAAAUUUUUUUCUUUUCAGAUGUUUAAAUCCUUGAAUCAGACUAUUUAA